AGACUGACAGGGGGUGGGACUGCAGCGAUCAUCCGCCCUCCACGUUCCGUCAUACCUGACGGGAGGUCCGUCCGUCCGGUAGGCCGGCAGCGGGCGGCGGGCGCGCUCCAGACUCCUAUGACGUCACGCCGUCAGCUGACUGACUCAGCGAGCGCGCGCGGCCGAACUCCACUGGAGCCGCGCGCAGUUGUGACGCGAGCGGCGGGGUGAGGUGUUGUGUUGAGGUUGCUCGCGAGUGAAGUACGGUGCUAGGGGAGACUGAAGAGAAGUAAUCUUGCUGAAGAGUGGGGAGUCUCGAUCAGAGAACGUUCUAACCACCGAGUGUGACGGACAGUGCAGAAGUGCCUCGCUCCCGCUACGACUUCAGCUGGCCAUCACUCGGACUCUGAUAGAGAUGUGGGCGCUGACCUGGGCCGCUGGGGCCCUGCUGGGCCUGCUGACGGUCUCGACGGCGUUCAACCUGGACGGGAGGCACCCGGUCAUCUUCCAGGGCCCGGUGACGGAGCCAGGAGUGGCGCGUGGUGCCUCCUACUUUGGAUACGCCGUGGGGCUGACCAAGGCAGACGACGGCGCCUGGGUGCUGGUCGGGGCGCCGCGCGCGACGUCCACCCUAGGAAUACACGACGUGCCGAAGACCGGAGCGCUGUUCAAGUGCGGUACUCUGAGCCAGCCCGGCUGCAGAGAGGUGGUCCUGGACACAGCAGACGACACCCGUCGCCAGGGCCAGCCGCCGUUCCUCUACCAGGAUAGGAAGGACGGAGCCUGGAUCGGAGGUGCCCUCGACACCGACCCGUCGCCCCAGGGCAAACUAUCGGUAUGCGGCCCCCGGUGGAUGAACCAGAUAUCCAAGAACCACCACUACGGCAACGGCGUGUGCUACUGGAUGGAGGCCGGCGCGGCCGAUUACAACGCCACCAAGGUGGUGCCACUCGCCUACAGCGGCAAACAGAUGCUGCGGCGGGGCGGAAACAAGGAGAACAUCCACCAGUACGCCUACGGUCAGGCCGGCAUCUCGGUCCACUUCGCCAAGAACGGCACGGAGCUGCUGCUCGGCGCGCCGGGCGUAUACAACUGGAAGGGAUCGGUGGUGCGUCUCUCUGGUGACACCGACCUGAACGUGGGUGGAAACCAGCGCCGGCGGAGGAGGAGGCAGGCCGACUACUACCAAGCGCUCAGCGUGCCGCGUAUCCUCAACUCGCUCUUUACAGAGGAGCUGGAGGAGAAUGACUACUUUGGCUACUCGGUGAGCUCCGGCGAGUUCAAGGACGACGGACACACCUACUAUGUGGCCGGCGCACCGCGCGCUUCACACGGAUACGGAAAGGUAUACAUUUUCGACUUUCCUCCGAACGACCUGACUGGGAUGGAGGUGGUGCUCUCACGCACGGGCUCCCAGGUGGGCAGCUAUUUCGGCGGCGUGGUACUCGGACUGGACGUGUCCGGGGACGGCCGGCCCGAGCUGCUGGUCGGCGCGCCGCUACACUCGCAGCAGCCGGCGCUGGACGCGGCACCCACCGGCCUCGAGGAGGGCAGGGUGUGUGUCUACCAGAACCUGGGCGUCGGUCAGCUGAGCGAACAGCCCCUGGUGCUCACCGGAGAUAGGGUCAUUAGGGGACGCUUUGGCUCGGCCGUGGCCAGCGUCGGAGAUCUGGACAUGGACGGGUAUAACGAUAUCGCCGUGGGCGCCCCCUACGAGGAGAAUCAGCGAGGCGCCAUCUACAUCUACCUGGGUGGCGCUACGGGUCUGAACCCGGAGUACAGUCAGAAGCUGCUGGCUUCAGAGCUGAGCCCGGCGCUGCGAGGGUUCGGAAUCAGCAUAUCACAUGGCCUGGAUGUUGACGACAACAAAUAUGCAGACGUGGCGGUGGGCUCUUACCUGAGCGGCGAGGCGGUGCUGCUGCGCGCUCAGCCCGUUCUCCGGUUCCACGCUCACCUCAGUCCCAGCACGGACAAACUGCAGCCCACCGAUAAACAGUUUGAGGUCCGCGCCUGCAUCAAGUACUUCGGCAGACACCUGCCUAACACGAUACCGGCGACCAUUCAGAUGAAGAUCGAGUCUCGGCACGUGAUCUGCGUGUUUGACGUACAGGGCGAGCAGCGGGACAACUUCACCUAUGAGCGGCAGCUCAGCUUCGAGGCCUACACCUGCGACGACUUCACCGUGCUUAUCAAGUCUGAGAGUCCGGACUUCACGCAGCCAAUUCAGCUGAGUAUGAGUUACGACAUCUCGUCCUCGGAGGGCGCUGUGAGUGCGCACACGCACCCCUCGGCACCGGUCCUGAUCGGCACAGAUGUCACCAAGAGGGCUCCGCACCGCUCCAGGAGACAAGCCUCUCCGCUGGUGUCUGGUGACCUGUCCGAGUUUUGCGCCGACUGUCCGGUGGUGAACCGCCGCGAGCCCGGUCAGACCCAGGUCACCCUUAGCGUGCCCUUCUCCAUCGGCUGCGCGGCCGUCUGCCAGUCCGACCUGAGCGUAACGGCCGCCAUCGCCGGCGUCAGCGGCUCCACCUUCGUCAUCGGCGAGUCCAACACCCUGAACCUGGACGUGAACGUGACGAACGCCGGAGAGCCGGCCUCGCUGCCGCAGGUUCAGGUGGAGCUGCCGCCGCCGGUCCGUCUGGUGCGCGUGCCACAGCUCUGCACCGAACGGGAGAGGUCCGGCCGCGUGGUCCUCACGUGUCACAUUCGACCGCACCCGUUCCCGGCCGGCGCCGAGGGCCGGCUGAGGCUGGCGCUCGACGUCCAGGAGCUGGUACCCGGUACAGAGAGUCUCACCAUCGGCCUGAAUGUUACCUCGGCAGGAGAGGAGGUGGCGCCGGCGGAUAACGUGCGCAACUUUACACUGGGACUGAGGACAGAGGCCGACAUCGCCGUCAUUGGUCAACCGCUGGAGCAGGCGCGUCUCUACUACGACAAACAGGCCGACCGGGACGAGUCGGAGCGGAACGAUCCCAACUACGUGAUCGUCUCGCACCGGUACCAGGUGCUGCGCUACCUGCCCUCCCCCGUGCAGGCCGUCAACGUCAGCUUCCUCGUGCCGGUCAACAUGACGAAGCGCAGCGGCGAUCACGUCCGCUUCCUGGACCUGUACCGACCUGAGGCGACUAUUGAGAACCGGCGGCUGACGUGCAGCAUACAGACCGGCUACUACCUGGCCAAGGAUGGCGACAGCUUCGAGGAGGCGCCUCGCACCUGGCGGCCAAAUUACGAACUAAGUGCCGAGCAGCGCCGGCUGCUGUCCGCCGUCAAACUGCCGUACGACGGCUCUAACGGCACGACGGUGAUGAACUGCACGGAGCCGGGCGUGUCAUGUGUGCUACUGCAGUGUCCGACCGUGGCCUUCCCCCGUCAGCAGACCAGCAUGGUCGUCACACUGUCGAUGCGCGUCAAACUGCACGAUCUCGAACCAUUUGUCGGCGAGCGGGACAGCCUGGUGAUCUCCACGAUCGGCCUGGCUGAGGUGGGCGCCGUGCCGUACCGUCUGCAGCCGCUGGACGACCGGCCCGACCUGUACCAGGUGCACUCGGUGCUGCUGCCCUCGUCCCUGCAGCCGUUCCCCGUGUGGAUCAUCGUGGUGACGGUGAUCGGGUCGCUCCUGCUGCUCGCCGCCAUCACUUACGGACUGUACAAGCUGGGCUUCUUCAACCGGAGGCGGCCGGAGGGCGCCGAGUGACGUCACCAGUCCGCUACGCCAAUCGACACACUGCGAUCUCGGCGGAGCGGUGACGUCAGAGCCGACCUGUGAUGACGUCACACAGCUCCGCGGUGGCACACCACCCAGCUGGCCGCCAGUACCGUGCUUUCUAGUCCCGGCAAUGGUCCGACGGCGGAUCGGGCUGGCAGCUCAACAGACUGGGCGCGGCCGUGCUCGCCCCUCAGAGAGUGGCUGGGGCAGCCCGGCGAUAUCCAGGGCCCAGGGGCGGACAGACUGCGUAAUUUGUACCGUGCACCGUGAACCGGUGGUGCGGAACUGAAUGAGCUGGUCUAUCCGAGACUACGGCGCGGGAGAGGCGACUCCAAUCCGUCUACAGUGAAUCCUCGAGCUCCUUGACAAUGGCGCUCCCCGCCAGAGGGCAGGCAGGUCCCGAUGCUCCCCAGUGCGAGGCUGCUUGCGCCGCCGAGUCGCCGGAGUCGGACGGGACUGAGUCUGAACUAGCCAACCAGGAGUGAUUGUGCUCGAGUGGAUGGUGCCUGUGAUGGGACGUGAGGAGUUCGACAGAGUUGCCUCGGCGGAUGCCUCGGGGGCCUUAGUUGCUGCCGCAGUCCUGAUCGGACUCAACUGCGCCGAUGUGGGCGCGUUUGCAGCAGAAUGCGGCCGAGUGAGCGGGCUUCUCACAUUCCAGCUCGCGCCUGGUGGAAGGAACUGAUCCGGGGAGGGACGGACAACUGACUGUGAACUUGCCGUAGGGUUGUCAGCUAACGAAGGGACCGAAUCGCGUGAAGGUACUGCUCCUCAAGAGUGCCUUUCGAGCUACCGAGAGUGCCUCUGGAUGCUUUGAAUUACCGAAUGCUUCUCGGAGAUGCUUUUUGAGUUACAGAGUGCCUCACGGAGGUGCUCUUUGAGCUUUCGGGUGCCUCUCGGAGGUGCUAGAUGCCGUCGAAUGCGUCUUUGAGAUUUACGGUGUUAUCAUUUACCUGAAACUUUGCAAACAUCAUGCGUCGAUUCACCAGUCAUUUACAGCGAUGGGGAGCCUGUCGAAAUGUGCAGCACAAUGUCGCGCUGAUGUGAAGACCUUCAUGUUCUAACGGCGCGAUGUGAUGAGAUGAGAGAGUGUGAUUUUGUACGUUUGUAACUGUGCGAUGCAAUGUUAUGGCAGUCUGAGUGGUUUCUUUUUCGUCUGUCGGGCAGUGAUUUAUAUAUUUAUUGUCAUUCCACCCGGCGCUGGAGUGGCACGCCCGUCAGAAAUGGAAAGAAAGCGUUAUAUUUGUCUUUUAUUACAAAAUAUAAAACUAACAAUUUA